CAGUGACGUCAUCAUCAAUGGACAGUGUUGACGUUCUUGAAAUGCGGGUUGCCUUCUUAUUAGAGAGGUUUUAACCAUUUUUGACUUGUUUACGACCCAUAUUUUACAAUGGCGGACUACUGGAAGUCUCAACCAAGGAAGUUCUGCCAGUACUGUAAGUGCUGGAUUGCGGACAACAAGCCUAGCAUCGAGUUUCACGAAAGAGGGAAAAAUCACAAAGAAAAUGUGACAGCUAAAAUUUCAGAGAUCAAGAAGAAGAGCAUUGACAAGGCAAAGCAGGAGGCGCGCAUGUCAAAACAAUUUGCAGCGAUGGAGGAGGCAGCGCUGAAGGCCUACGAGGAGGAUCUGAAGAGGAUGGAAAGGGAAUCAAAAGAGUCCAUUUGGGAGAAACCAGCAGAUUUUCCUUCCAAUGAGGCGUCUGGGUCAAGCAAGGAUAAGGAGAGCCAGGAGGAAGCUAUAGCUCCUGAGCCGAAGUCGCUGUCUGAAGGAGAGAGCUCCAACGAGGCGUCCCAGCAGGCAACAGUAACUGAGCAAGCCAACCAAAUGCCUGAAGUCCCAAAAAUCGACUUUAGGAAAAGAAAAGCGGAAAAUGAGCCUUUGGAAAACCAAGAAGAUGAUAAAUGUAACGCUGAUGCUCCAAAAGAGAAAGAGAUGAAACCAGAAGAAGAAACUCAAAGCACAGUAGCAGAACCCGAGAGGACAGAAGUAAAGAUGACACCAGUGGAGAUUAGACUAAGAAAGCCCAAAGCUGCCAAUCCGUACGGAGCAUGGGAGCAAGUCCGACAAGAAGAGGAUCCAUAUGCGAGUGUGGACUUGGAGCUGCCUCAGGUUGAGGAGGAUACAGCGAGCGCUCUGGACGACCUGCCACCAGAACCGAAACCUAAAUUCAAGGAACGAAUCAUCACCUCGCUCGGGGAGGAGAGCGGACCGGCUUCCUUUAGGAAAAACAAGACUCAAAAUGGGAAAUCCAGGCGCCUCCGACAGAGAGACGACGACGACUGACCAAAAAACAAUAAAUAAAUAAAAAACAGGCCUGAAAGCUGUAGCUUUGACAAAAACAACUCUUUCUGGGAACAUUUUUGAUGCAUCGUCAUGAACUUUAGAUUUUUUUUCCUCACACUUAUUUUGUUUUUAAAACAAUUUAGCCUAAAUAGUAAUAAUGAUUUCUGUCAUCUCAACAUUUUAUUCGUCCUGCCUUAUGAGCUCUACCAUCCCAGAUACAUUUAAAUACUCUUUAUUUCCAGAGCUGUAUAUAUUUUUUCUAGUUUAGGUUGGACGUUUUUUUUUGGAAGUUCUUCAAAAUGGGAUCACAAUAAAUGACGACCGUCCUGAUAGUGAUGUUAUUUGGAGAUUUGAGGUUUAA